AUGUCCCACCAUAUUCUAGCAAUCUUCAUGCACUUGUGGGAGUCUAGAAUAUUCCGGUUAGCCUCAAGUCUUUUGUCAAUCCAAUCCACCAACGGAUUCAACCCUGGCCAACCUGUUAACAUUUCACGAUUUAUUUUCUCGUGUGUUCCCUCAUUUCUGACAGCAGGGCUUGCUAACGGGGUUAAGGGUACAGCAGGGCUCGGGGGAAGCCUGAUCGCCCUUCCUUCUCAACUUGCUCGUGUUUUCAGCUUUCAAAGAAAAUUUGCUAUUUGCUUGAGCUCCUCCACUAGAUCCAAUGGCAUCGUAUUUUUUGGAAAUGGCCCAUAUGUUUUGCUUCCUGGUAUUGAUGUGUCUAUGUCUCUUAUUUAUACACCACUUAUCAAGAAUCCAUUUGGCAUUGGAUCCGUCCCAUUUCUGAACGAGCUCUCUUCGGAAUACUUCAUUGGAUUAAAAUUGAUCAGAAUCAACGGAAAAUCAGUGCAACUAAAUAGAACUUUGCUAUCAAUUGACAGGGAAGGUAAUGGUGGAACCAAAAUCAGCACCUUUAGACCUUACACUGUAAUGCAGACUUCGAUUUACAAUGCUUUGAUUACUGCUUUCAGAAAAGAACUAGCCAAUGUCACUAGAGUGCUUCCGGUAGCACCAUUUGGGACAUGCUUCGACUCUAAGAACAUUGGUAGCACGCUCGUGGGGCCUGCUGUUCCACCCAUUGAUCUUGUCUUUAAAGGCAACAAAGUGUACUGGAGUAUUUUUGGUGCAAACUCAAUGGUGCAGGUUAAUGAAGGUGUAAUGUGUCUCGGAUUCGUGGAUGGAGGGGAGAAUCCCAUGACAUCAAUAGUCAUUGGUGGACAUCAAAUUGAGGACAAUCUUCUGCAGUUUGAUCUAGCUAGAUCUAGGCUCGGGUUUAGCUCUUCGCUCUUGUUCAGGCAAACAACCUGUGCCAACUUCAACUUUACAUCUCUCGCUUAAGGGUUCUGUUUCAUUUUUCUCAUUCAGAAUAACAUCAAACUAUAAAAUAAAUUCUUGAACUCUUUCUGAUUU